CUGGGUUAUGUUAUCAGAGCAAAAGUGUUUCAUUUCAGGACAUCUGGUGUCUUUGCUUCUCGUUUUGGUGAGAAUUCAGAGUUGGAGAAAUAUGGCAAUAUUAUUCGGCCGGGUGAUGAGAUUCUUUCAGUGAAUAAUGUCGAUGUGUCUACGAUGAGCAUUGACGAUGUUGUGCUCGUGCUUUCCAUUCCCAGGCGUCUUCUGCUCAGGAUACGUUAUAUCAAGAAUAAAAGGGAGAGGUUGACGCAGUCGCAAUCGAUGGUUACACGACCGGUCGUUGUUUUCCAGAAGAGUGAUCAGGAACAGCAUGAUGAUACGCCAUCAUCCUCGCUGUUAAAUCAUCCAACAUCCACUGCAAAUACAUGGCUCGGCAAAAAAGCUCGUCAACAACAGGUUUUCUUUCUUUUUUUGCCCGCUUAA